UUCUACAAAGCUUGGAUGUUGUUGUUCUUCUUCCUUCCAAGAGAUUGGCAAUGCCACAGCUGCUAAGUUCCCUUAUUGGAAGUGGAUCAAGUUUCCUUUCCUGUAUUUGCUGUUGUUUGUUUAUUAAUCCUAAGUUGAAGUUGAAGCGGUGGGUCAUGGUCAACGUAACUCGAUUCACAGACGGCGUCACCAAACCACCGACUCUAGUCUUACCUAUAACCGGAUGAGGAAAGUAAAAGUGACAGUAACGCCGUCAGCUUGGGUUGACCGCACGUUUUCCUUUUUCUUUCGGUAAGCUGAUAUUCCAAAAAAGUCAACAUAUUCCAAAACCGACAAGGAAAGGAAAAGGGUAGAACCCGAUCGAACCGUCCAGAUCAACCCUCACCAUUCAAUCCUAACCACACAUUCGCCCAUCCAUCACCUAUAAAGAGAAACGCCCGGCAAAUUUUUCUUAUCCCGUUUUCUUUCCUUCGUUUCUGUGUACCUCUUCGGUUUUAUCUUUUUCAUCUCUUUCCCUUGAUUUCUUCUUUGAUUAAUUUAGGAUAAUAUUUAUUACAAAUUUACGGAUGAGAAUAUUGUUUGCUAGGGUUUUUCUUUUGCGUUGUUUUUCCAAUUUCUCCUUUUGUGUUUGGGGCCGCUGUUGAUUUUGUUAUCUUAUUAUUGAGUUUUCCUCGUAUAUCACCGGAUUAAGGUAUCUCUUGGUUUAAUUUACUAGAUGGCUUGCUUUGUCUUGUGCUAUUCUCGUUGAUCGACCAGGAUUAGGCCAAGGAUCAAAGGGGGUUUCUUGGUGGUUCAUUUAUUUCAUCUUUGCGGCUUUGUCAGUUCUGGGUACUUCUUUUGGCCUUAUUAGCAGCUUUUUUUUUUGUGUGCCUUUGUUUUUUGUAGGAAAGGGCUUGAUGGAAGUUGAGAGGUGCGAUGUUGCGUAUUCGUAGGAUUAGAUCAGAGGGGAAUCCUUUCGUUAUUUCCUCCCUUCACUCUCAGUUCAAUUGGUGUUUUCGUAUUUAAAUUUUGAUGGAUAGUGAUGAAUACCUUGUCCUCUUGUUAGGCAUCUUGGUUGAAGGUGGUGGUGAAGGGUUUAAUCUCUCCAAGGUGGAUACAUUCCCCUUGUUUUUCUGGACGUUGGCUGUGAAGGAUUCAGGGGGAAUCUUGUCCAUUUGCUUGUCCUCGGUUAUUCUGGUUCCUUUUACCCUGCUUAAUCAGUAAUGCCGGUCUGUUGUUUGGUCUUAAUCGUAUGUUAUUUGGUAGGUGCAUUUUGAUUAAAGCCCACUGUUGGUUGGAUGUUUGCAAACCUUCCCUUAAUGUUCAUUUGGUGGUUCUUUCGUAAAUCAUACGAUUUGGGUCAGUUUCUUCUCUUCCUUGUGUUCAGUGGUGGCUGCGUUAGAUUUCUUAUGUGUUUUUUUGUUCCUUUUUAUCUGGAUCAAGGGUGGGUUCCUUUUUUUUGUUUCGCUUGCUUCCUUAAGCCAUAUUUCGAGGAUCGCUUGGAUUUGACAGAAAAUGUGUGUCAGGCGCGUGUGUGGUACGUCGUUAGUUUCUUACAUCAUCUCCCAUCCCGGUUCUUCUCGUAGCGUGAUUUUAGAAAUGUUUGUGUGCCUUUGCUCUAUAGGAAAAGUGUGGUGGAAGUUCCAUUGUGAGGCAACGUAUUUACUGCCUUUUUGUGAAGCUACUGGAGAAGUUCUCUUUUCUUUAUUUCCCCUUCACCUUGUUUAAUUGGUUAUUUCAUAAUAUUUGGGGAAGACAGAAUGUUAUGGUGGAUGGAUUGUGUUUUCUAUGACUUUGAUUCUACUUCUCUAGGGACCCCGUGGUUGAGGGUGGAGAACAGCUUUCUUCGCUGGAUUUUGUGGAAUGAGGAGUCUUGAUUGAGGGGGAAUUGUCCAUUUGCUUGCGCUUUCCUCUUCAGUUUUGUUCUCGUUUCUGUUGUAGUUAUUGGUGUCUGUCCUGGAUUGAUUGGUGGAAGCUCUUGUUCUACAAGUCUUGAAGGUUUUAAGUAGUUGGAUGUCUGCCUCUGUGACUAUAACAUCCAUCUGGGGAAGUUUCCUCCCCCUUUACCUGCCUCCUUUAAUUUGUUCUUCCUUGAUUUUGCCGAUGACUAUUCUUAGACACAAACUAAGAUUAUCAUGUUGCUGUUUUGAUUCCUUGGUCCAGUCCCGGUCCUCCACACGGUGGUGUAUAAAUGGUUCACUGAUUUUCUUUUCCUGAUCUCUUUAAUCCUUAUAAAUCGGCAUCUGUUGUUCUGGCCUUCUAUAUGAUACAAUUGUUGGCUGCUGUGGUUUAUUUAUUCUGAGGGGGAGCUUAGGUGCGGCCUUGGAUUGUGCGGUGGAGUUUUGGGAUAUCUGCACAACUUUGUGGAUAUGUCCUGUUUGCAGAUUUGGCAGUGGUUUACUUGUGAAAUCUUGUUCGGAUUUCCAAUUUUCUGUUGCUAAUUCUAUUCUGGUCAAUGCAAGACAGGUUGAAGAGUCUUUUGACAUUCUGGUUGUUCUAGUUUUCCCCCCUUUAGCAUAUGGGAACUUGAUUGGUCUUCGAUUGCUUGUUCGUUCAGUCUGGAUUUAGUUUUCCAGGAGUUCUUUUUUACAUAGUAAAAUCUGGAGUUCCUCUCUUUAUCAAGUCUCUUUGAUCUUCUUCGGUUAGCUUAGUAAAUUUUCCGACUUCUUUUUUGGUGGUUUCUUUUUUCCUUUAUGUAGAUUUACCAGAAGUUAUGGAGUUAUUUUGAAGGGUCUUCGUUGUUUUAGACAAGCCUGCAUAAGUUGACGGUGUGCUCCUGAUGUUUCCUCUUCUCCUUGUGUAUCUCUGAAAGUUGACGGCUUUUCUUCUUUGGCAGUAAUUGUUGACGGCAAUGUCCUUUAUUUAAUUGGGUAUGAGUGGCAUCUUGCUCGCGUUAUCUAUUCUGAUUUUGAGAUUUCUCUGCGUCGUUGAUUGGGUAGAAGAGCCAUGGUUUUUGUUGUUUUAUUUAUAUUAAAUUAGAGGGGUAGGGAGAUCGCAAAAUGUUCCCCUUUUUGUUGUCUUGUUGCUUUUUCUGUCUACCGUCUACUUUUGUUGCGGCAAAGGACUCUCUUCUUUAAUAUUUCCACCUUUGCUGGUCCGAGCCCUUGUUGGCAUUGUCCAUAUAUUUGAGUUUUCCAAGGGGUGGGGAUGGGUAAGCUGGCUGCUAAGUUUUGUUUUUCCUUGAGAUCUUUCCCUCUUUAUCUUUACUUUUUUGCUUGCUACUACCUAUUUGAUGCUUUGUAGAUUUUGCAACUAUCUUGUUUCGGUUCAUUUUAGUCUCUUAUGUGUUUUCUCUUGUUGCAGAUUAUGCUACUGGUGUUUCCUCAUUAUUGUUCUCUUUUUUACGUAUUGUUCAAGUUUUCUUGUGAUUCUCUGGGUCUUGGUUAAUAUGGUGUAUAAGUGUUUAUAUUUGUGCAUUGGACAAGUUUCUCCUGUAUUUGAGCUGAUAUUUUUCUACCCUAUUGAGAUUGAUUUGGAUUUUGAGAAUGAGGAGAAGAUCACUAUAUUAUCGGAUGAUGAGUAUUCUGCAAGUGUCAUUAGCCUUUAUGGUAGAAGUUUGGUGGACAUCAGGGACUAUGGUACAGGUUGGAUUCGCUGAAUUGUUGGCAUGUUUCUGAGCAUCUUUUUAUAUUUUUCAAGCUGACUUCCUGCUCCUAUUCACGUAGGUGGUCUCGUUCUGUAUUGAUAAUGUCCUUCAUCCUGCUAUGUCACAGGCGUUUGGAAAUUCUUUGUGAAGCAAUGUGUUUGCGGUGUAUCUUGUUAGAGAAGUUUUGGAAGUUAUUUUUUCUGAUUUGUUUGGUAUCAAACUGGAAGUUUGUACUCAGCUUGGUAGAGAAGUUUUGGAAGUUCUUAUUUUGUCUGAUUUUCUGAUCAGAAUGAUUAUGAGCACCACAUGUGUGUAUCCAGUCCGAGCUUCCCUUUCUCUUUAUGUGUCGGGAGCAUAUGUAUUUCAUGAUUUUCUGUGGAUGAGUCUGCUAUUUUGGUUGGGGGCUAUUUUGCCGCUGCAGCACUGAGACCUCUGUGUUGCUAUGAAUUUACAGUAAUUUGGAGUUGUUUAGCUGUGCGAAGAAAUACAUUGUAAGCCUUAACAGUACUGUUACAUUAUUGGGUCUUUGUGAAAUGUGCGUAUGGAUCAAGAGAUUGUGUGGCUGACAUUCACUCUUCCAUCAGUGGUUUGAAUUCUUUGUCGACUGUGCCACUAGUUCCUUGUACCAGCAUGUCAUUUGUGAUUCUGCCUGUGCAUGGUUCUUCAGAUAUCCUGCAUCUCAUUGCCCUGCCUUUCAUUGCUUGAAUGAGUUCUUUUCACUUGUCCUGAGUGGUGAAUUAAGACUAGCUUGGAUCUCCUGAGUUGGUGCAGUGUAUUUUAACCUCUUAAACUGUCCGCAUCAUAAAUGUAAUGUUCUGGUGCAACGUCUGAUAUGUUCGUUUGGAUAGAAGCUGUUUUCCUCCUGCUCUUGUCACCUGACAUCACCUAGCUUUUCAGCUGUUGCUUGCUAUAUAUAUAUCUGAGACUACUAUGAGUUAAAAGGGGGGUUGUUUAGUCCGAUUCCUCUAUUCUUAAAUAAGAUACUUCAUGGCGGCAUGUUUAUUUCUGGUAUCUUCUGUUGAGUUUACGCUGCUGAUGUUCUGUUUGUUGUG